CUUGUCUGAUUAAAACAUAAAAUGCAUGACUGGUCUCGAAGUAUAUAAUGCUGUUUGCCAAGCAAAUAUCUCUGCAGUUUUCAGUUCUUCAGAUUUGAGAGCAGCUUAAAAGUACUUUGUAAAAAGUAAUCCAAUCCAAUUGUUUUCUGAAACAAAAGAAUAUUUUCAAAAUGUCUUGCAACGAAGGUUUAUGGAGUGGCGAUGUCCAAAGAUGCUUUGAAGAAGCGGUGAAAUUAUACCCGCCGUGUGGUCGCCAAAAAAUUAUGGUGACGUCUCGAGACAAAAUGUAUGGCAGAAACGAGCUUAUUGCACGAUACAUAUUUGCAAAAACAAACAAGAUCAGAACUCGAAAGCAAGUCGCGAGUCAUAUUCAAGUUUUAAGUAGAAAAGAAUCUCGAUGUAACUCGACAAGCGGAGAGUUUGCUAAAUUAAGCCUAGAAGAAAGACUACAAUUUUCACAAAGUCCUACCCUGGAUAGAGGCAUAUUUUUUAACACGAAUACUUCAGAAGAUUUACAUAAAAACAAUUUUUUUAAUGAAUAUGAUAACAGAGUAAACAGAAACAUGACAAAAACAACCCAGUUUUGGAACUCAUACCCAAGAAUUUGCCCAACUGACGCAUCUUUUGAUAAUAUUUACACUAAAGAAUACGCUUAUAACGAUUACUCGCUAUACGGAGUAAUGAAUGAAGAAAACCCCAACAACCAAGCUAACAAAAUUUGUAUAGAAAACAAGCCUUUCGCAGAAGAUAUUUUUUUGCAAGAACAAGCAAAACUAAAACAGAAAAUGUCUUAUAUUGCUAAAUCAAAAAAUGUGAACCCUCAAAGAUAUUCUUUUCAUCACCCAGCAACACCUGCUAAUCAUCACCCGACAUCAAACGUCAAUUAUCCUGAGAAAUACAGAGACGAUAAAUUUCAAGUUUCAGUUGAUGGACUUGAAACAUUUUUCGAUCUUUCUCCAUUUCAUUCUUCGAAUAUAUAUCAACAAUUUUGAACAUUAUUAUAUAUUAUUUAUUAAAAUUUUUGUUCUCUUUUUGACGUAACAAGAAUAUUGUAAAUUUUUAACGCAAUUGUAUGCAUGAUUUUUAUGCCGAAUAAAUUUUUUUUUUACU